UACACCGCCUUACGGAGCAAUCAGGUGGCACCAACUCCAACAUCUCGACAGCAUCAUUUCAAGCCCAACAUGUCAUCGAGGAGGUGCCGAUGUACCCUCAGCUCUCUACACCGGGCUAUUCUAUUCAAGUCAUAAUAAUGUGACACAUCGGAGGUCAGCCUUUACCUUGAAGGGCAUUUGAAAAGGCAGAGGAUGAGUUUCACGCUCCCCAAAAGCGAAUCGACGACCUCCUUGCUGAGAUCCUCCGCACCGGCCAGGAGCGCGGUCCAGCCGCCCGAUCAUCGGCGACCGCAGCAUCAGCGCUCCGCGGCGGCAUCUGGAGCGGAUCCGGCGGACUGCGAUGCGAGCUCGCGGAGACCCCUGUGUCACCCCUCACUGGUCGGUACCCGGAAUAGCGCAGAGAAGAGCCACCCACAAGCCUCCCACGGACACGCACUCACCGCGGCUCGCAGUCAGGAGGACCUGUCGGAGCUUCCAGGUGGAGGAGGAGAGCGCAAGACAACCAGGCGACACCACCAUCAUCACCAUCACCAUCAUCACCACCACAAUCGUCAUCAUCACCAUCACCGCCACCGCUCCACUCGGGACGACCUGCCCCAGGAGCCCCGACCCAAGCACUCUCACGCCGCUCGCAUGCCCAGCAGAACUCAGUCUUUCUCCGAGUCUAGAGACGAGACGGCGCUCUUUUUUGAGUUUCCUCCGCCGGCUCGACCGGGCUCCUCCACGAGCAGAGAGGCGGGUCCAGCCUCCACCGCCUCAUCUUCGCCGGUGCCCGCGUCCUCCAGCCGUUCCUCCCGGAGGUCAGCGAGGUCCAGCGCAGCAUCUUCCGAAGCAGACUUCAACCUGCGCCCCUUCCUCAGCUCAGUGUUCGGACAGAAUCGAGAGUUGAGACCUGAGGAGAUUGAUGAGCUGCGAGACGCAUUUAAGGAGUUUGACAAAGAUAAAGAUGGCUUCAUCAGCUGUAAAGACCUGGGAAACUGCAUGAGGACAAUGGGAUACAUGCCAACUGAGAUGGAGCUAAUAGAACUGAGCCAACAGAUCAAUAUGAACUUAGGUGGCCAUGUGGAUUUCGAGGAUUUUGUGGAGUUGAUGGGACCUAAACUUCUUGCCGAGACAGCAGACAUGAUCGGCAUAAAGGAGCUAAGAAAUGCCUUCAAAGAGUUUGACACAAAUGGAGAUGGUGAAAUAAGCACAGGAGAGCUGAGGGAAGCAAUGAGGAAGCUGCUGGGACAACAGGUCGGUCAUCGAGACCUAGAGGACAUACUGAGAGAUAUUGACUUGAAUGGAGACGGCAGAGUAGAUUUUGAAGAGUUUGUGCGAAUGGUGUCCCGCUGACAGGGCAGCAUUUCUAUGGUGUCUCCAGCUGAAGAAACUGAGAUGCUGUACUGCUUCCUGCUGGUCAAAGCAGACAGAGUUUUAGACUACUGCAAGAAAAGCCUUGCUGAGCCACUGUUGUAUGGUAGAGAAAUUGAAAACUGGACUUUUUUCGAAGAAAGAAAAAGAAAAACACAUGCGCACACACAUACAAACACACAAACACGUUUACUGUAGCCAAGUGUCUUUGCACUUUUAAUCAUGCAAGACCAAACAAUAUAUGUUUUACAUGCACAUUUGAAGGGGAAACCAUGCUUGAUUAUGGCAAUAUUACAUUAAGUGUUGUCCCGGUUGUCUCAUAUGUGUGUCUAUGUGUGAUAAGCUAUGUUUAAAAAGACAUCUGAAGGUGUCACACUCGAAUAUGUGAUUUCUAAAAAAGGUGUUUUUUGGUAACACAGGUGCACAGAUGUGGAUUAAUUCAUGCUUAUACUACGGAGCUGUUGAAUGCUUGGUUUUAUUAGGCUGGUGAACAUUCUAAAGGUUUGUGCACACCGGAACGGAUUUUUUGGCAUUAAUACCCAAACGAUUUUCACUGGUGAUGAGCAGAGGGAAUGUGGAAAAUCACUUUAGAUCAGGGGUGGGCAAACUCGGUCCUGGAGGGCCAGUGUC